GGGCUGGUGGUCAGAGGCUGCGAGAGGUAGCUGUGUUGGGUGGCCGCUGCUAGCGCCAUGUCCCGCGUGGCAGUGCCCUGCCACAUGAAAGGCACCGUGGCUUUGCAGGUUGGCGAUGUGCGGAACGCCCUAGGGCGGCCUGGUGUGCAGGUCAUCGAUGUCACCUUCCCUAGCACCGCGCCCUUUGAGUUGCAGGAGAUCACGUUUAAGAAUUACUACACAGCAUUUUUGAGCAUCCGUGUGCGCCAGCACACCUCGGGGCACACACCUGCCAAGUGGGUGACCUGCCUGAGGAACUACUGCCUUAUGCCUGACCCACACAGCGAGGAGGGGGCCCAGGAGUAUGUAUCGCUGUUCCAGCACCAGAUGCUGUGUGACAUGGCCAGCGUGUUGGAGCUGCGUCUGAUUCUGCGGCAGCCGUCACCGCUGUGGCUGUCUUUCGCAGUGGAGGAGCUGCAGAUCUACCAGCAGGGACCAAAGAGCCCCUCCAUGGUCUUCCCCAAGUGGCUCUCCCACCCAGCACCCUGUGAGCAACCCAUCCCCCUCCUCGAGGGUCUCCCAGACCCCGGCAGGGUAUCCUCUGAGGUGCAGCAGAUGUGGGCCCUGACAGAGAUGAUCCGGGCCAGUCACACCUCCCCACGGAUCGGCCGCUUUGAUGUGAGUGAUCACUGCCCUCUGCUUGGCUUGCGUUGUUGCCCUGAGUGGGCCAGACUUGAUGGCUUUUUGUGUUGCAGGUGGAUGGCUGUUAUGACUUGAACUUGCUCUCCUACACCUGAGCCAAGGCUCCUACCCAAGACUUGGCUCUUUCUGGACUCACGCAGACCUGGUUUGAACCACCAGAGCCUGAAGUAAAGUCUCCAUGCCUUCCGAGCACCACCUGCACCCCCAUCUUGUCUGGGACACCUUCUCAAUUCCAGAUUCUCAGGGCUCACUGUGUUGCUUCAGCAUGAACUCCAGACAGGGCUGCGCUCUGUGCUUGCCUGGAUGUAGCCCAAUCCUCCUCUUACCCUAAAAACAUUUCAGUUCUGCCUAGUAAGAAUCCCCUCCUGUGCCCUCCACCCUUCCCACCAACAUGUACACCUGUCUUCUGUC